AUGGCGGCGGAGUUGAUCACUCUGACAGAGCAGUGGAUAAGGGAUAAACUUCAGCUAAAACACCCUACUCUUGGCGAUGUCAGAUCUCUGAGUUUACCUGGCACAUACGAGCAGAAGAUACAACACUUGGGAUAUGGACUAAAAAGCUUUAUACGUCUAAAGUCUCUGGAUCUCUCCUGUAAUGCACUUGUGUCUAUUGAGGGAGUGCAGCAACUGAAGACCUUGGAGAGGCUCAUUUUGUAUUAUAAUGCCAUUCCUUCUUUGGAAGAAUUAACUGUUCUCUUUGACUUGCCCGCAUUGAGAGAGCUGGACGUCCGAUUAAAUCCUUUGACAACAACAUAUCCACACUACCGCCCAUAUAUUGUUCAUGCGAUGCCUAAACUACGAAAAUUGGAUGGUUGUCCAGUUAGAGACACUGAUCGUAAAGUUGCUAUUAUGAAAUUCCCCUCUGAUGAUCUCCCUCAAAAGAAGGACUGUUGUGUGAAAGAAUCUUCGGACAAAAGUAUCAGUCAGAGGUUGGCCUUGGUCGGCCGCAUUUAUCGGAGGCUCUCUAUCAACAAAGACUCGGAUGAAAUAGUGUUAAAUUUUGCAGAAAGAACAAAUUGUGAAAACCAAAAUAAAAGUUGUGACGACGAUAAAGAAAAUAAAAUGGAUUUCACAAAGCAAAGAAGUUCUACACCCAAACAGGACACGGCAAAAUCCAUUUUGAGGCACCCAUCUGCAAUUAAUGCAGAUCAAGGGAAAUCCGAGAUUCCUCACGAGAAAACUAAACAACAUGCAGAAACCGCAGAUGCGCAUAAAGUAACAGAGAAACCCAAGGUGUCGUUCGGCCCUUACAUAGAGAAAUCUAAGCCUCUAUUUGAGAAACUAAAAAUAAAGGACUAUAAGCACACCAGGCGCCAAGCCAAAGGACAUUUCACUGCUAAUCCAGAUCAAGCGGCCCAUCUUAGCUCAUACUUGGCUGACAUUCGGCCCCCCAGUCCUUGUCGUCUUGGAGACUUUGUGUCAAACCCACAGAACCCAAUCCUGCAUCCACCCAGACUGACCUACUCCAGCUGUCACCAGAGUGGGACCUCGCCUCAAGAAGGCAAGAAGAAGAAGGGCAGUUACAGGAAGCCACUUGAGAUGCUGCUGAACCUCGUGGAUAAACACUGGAGGGGAGAGAGAUCCCUGCAUCAAAACAACAACUUCCUGUCCCAAGCCGUGCAGAUCCUCUCUCUGAUGGAAAGCAGCAUCUCCAGUCGGGAAGCAGAGAUCAAGAACUUAAGAGGACGAAUGGAUUCACUCGACUCCAAAGCUGCGGAGAAGGAAGAACGGCACAAGACAGAAGUGCAAAGUCUGUCGUCUCAGCUGGAGGAGGCUCACGCUACUGUUGGCAAACUGAAUGAGCAGCUGAGGAUGGUCCUGGAGGAGAACGUUUCGCUGCAAAGGCAACUCAUCAAACUGGAAAAACAGUAUCUCAAGUCUAUGAUCAGAAGCUCCCCUCGAGCUCAAUUUCAAGAAGCGCAGAUGGAAGUGGAGGAUUUGAGGAGAGAAAUAGAGCUACUAAAGGAGAAGGUUCACAGGUCGGAAAAUAAGGAAAUAGUGAAAUGA